CUCCACUGUAGAUUACAGACUAAUGGGUCGGGUCUUAGUAUCUUGAUGAUGUCAAAACUAGUUUCGGACCAACUUUGCCGCUCUCUCUCGUGAAAAACCCUCGCGUCUCUCUUAGAACCCCGACCUGCCCAUCUCUCUGAACAUACCUCUGUUUCUUGAUUUCUGAACUUAUUUCUCUCCUAAGAGCCUCAGAUUGGGAUUUUUUGUUUCCCUAAUCCUUAGACAUGGCUACGAGGCUUCUUGCCAACUUGAUUGUGAUGGGCUCAGGAAUAAUGGCACGGGCUCUUGUGCAAGCAUAUCGCCAGGCACUUGCAAAUGCGUCAAGAAAUGGUGUUGCUCAUGAAGCAGUACAAAACAUCAGAAGAGCAAGCAAAACAAUGGCUGAACCAGAGGCCAGACAGAUUUUAGGUGUCACUGAGCAUUCAGCGUGGGAAGACAUCUUGCAGAAGUAUGAUAACUUGUUUGAAAAGAACGCCAAGAACGGGAGUUUUUACCUUCAAUCAAAGGUUCAUAGAGCCAAAGAAUGCUUAGAAGCGGUUUAUCAGAGCAAAUCUCAGGGAACUGCAAAUUAACGAUCUGAUGGGCUUAAGCACGUCUUGGUUCAUGGAAAUUCUUCUAAUCGAUUAAGGUUUUUUCGAAAUUCUUUUCAACAUCCGUCAUUCAUUAGACACUCGUAGUGCAAAUUUGAACUGGCUUCGUGUUCCUCCUAUGUAAGGAAAAAAUAUGUUCCUUUGUACUGUAACUACAUUAACAAAAUGAUAAUGAUGAA